CUCCUAUGAUGCCCCGUUUGCACGAUCUAUUCCCACACGUGUAUAUAUUUUGCUAUGAUUCCUAUGAUGUCAUCGCUCUCAGAGAGUACGCACGACAGACGCGUUCGAUGACUCCGGAUCCUGCGGUUGAUACUCACGGCUUUCGAUUCCAGUGCCAGCGAUGACUCUGCGAGCGAUUCGUGUCCCUGUGUGUCCGCGGUCGGGUUUGCCACACCAAGCAGAGGGGCUCGCGGUGUUUUUAUAAAAAUAAAUACAUUUUAGAAACCAACCUGUUUGGUUUGUUUGUAUCAGAAACCUCCAUGCGCUGACGGUUCUUUACGGUUUUCCGGUCGGGUUGGGGGCUUGUUUCGCUGUCUGGAAAAAAAAAGGGGAAAAAUAAACCGGCGGCCUGGAACUCUGAAGCCCCAGCCGCUCAAUCCCCGGACUCAAGUUAACCUCCAGACCCGAGACUCGGUCCCCGACCGGCUGAGCCCGUUUGCCACUGGCAAUCUGUAUUUUUUAAUCAAAACCAGGCAUGUACAGCGGUCAUUUUGCAGGGAUACAAUAGCGCUUUUCGUACAGGUACUGGGGGUAUUAUUUUUGGUUGGUUUGUUGGUCCGUUUUGGUUGAAAACUGGCCGUAUAACCUGGCGGGGAUCGGACAGUGCCUUUCCGUUUUUACAAAGGCAGGCUGGGGAGGAUGCUCCGUGCUGAAGCCGGGGCCGUCGCCGCUUCCACGAACCCUUUUGCUAUAGACACGACCCGGAGCUGAGAUCAGUGAAAUCGGUAUGGCCUCCCAGUUGCAGGUGUUCUCCCCUCCAUCCGUGUCAUCAAGUGCCUUCUGCCGCGUGAAGAAGCUGAAAGUGGAGAGCUGUGCCUGGGAUGUGACGGGACAGGCAGGGGAGAGCAAGUACUACCAGCCCAGCAGCAGCCAGGCCAGCCACUCCUCCGCUACCACCAGCUUCAACCCAGCUGCCUACGGCACGGCCAGCCUGCUCCUGCCCCCUGCCGGCGGCUCCCGGACCCACAUCGUGGUGCGAGCGGCGGACAGCACAGGCAGCCUGCCAGGUCCUUCGAGCCGGCGAGCCGCAGACCUGUCCCUCCUCGACCCCUACCAGAAGUAUGGGCUGAAGCGCAAGAGCGAGGAGGUGGACAGCAGCGGCAGCGUGCAGAUCCUGGAGGAGCGGCCGGCCCCCAUGCAGCCCAAUCGGACAGGGAUGGGAGCGGUUACCACCACCCAGACCAUCACCCAUUCCACCUCUACCACCAAGAGCAGCAGCUCCAACAGCGAGGGGGACUACCAGCUGGUGCAGCACGAGAUCCUGUGCUCUGUGACCAACAGCUACGAGGUGCUCGAGUUCCUGGGCAGGGGGACGUUUGGACAGGUGGCCAAGUGCUGGAAGAGAGGAACCAAUGAGAUUGUGGCCAUUAAGAUCUUGAAGAACCACCCUUCCUAUGCACGCCAGGGCCAGAUAGAGGUGAGCAUCCUGAGCCGCCUGAGCACGGAGAAUGCUGACGAGUUCAACUUCGUGCGCUCCUACGAGUGCUUCCAGCACAAGAACCACACGUGCCUGGUGUUCGAGAUGCUGGAGCAGAACCUGUACGACUUCCUGAAGCAGAGCAAGUUCAGCCCGCUGCCGCUGCGGUCCAUCCGGCCCAUCCUGCAGCAGGUGGGCACGGCUCUGAUGAAGCUCAAGAGCCUGGGGCUGAUCCACGCCGACCUCAAGCCGGAGAACAUCAUGCUGGUGGACCCUCAGAGGCAGCCCUACCGGGUCAAGGUCAUUGACUUCGGCUCGGCCAGCCACGUCUCCAAGGCUGUCUGCUCCACCUACCUACAGUCUCGCUACUACCGAGCUCCGGAGAUUAUUCUGGGGCUCCCUUUCUGUGAGGCUAUUGACAUGUGGUCGCUGGGCUGUGUCAUCGCAGAGCUGUUCUUGGGGUGGCCCCUGUACCCUGGUGCCUCGGAGUACGACCAGAUUCGCUAUAUCUCACAAACUCAGGGGCUGCCGGCAGAGUAUCUACUGAGCGCGGGGACCAAAACCAGCCGCUUCUUCAACAGAGACACUGGCUCGAGCUACCCUCUCUGGAGACUGAAGACUCCAGCUGAGCACGAAGGGGAGAUGGGUAUCAAGUCGAAGGAGGCGCGGAAGUACAUUUUCAAUUGUCUGGAUGAUAUGGUGCAGGUGAACAUGUCCACUGAUUUAGAAGGCACUGAUAUGUUGGCCGAGAAGGCAGACCGGAGGGAGUUCAUUGAUUUGCUGAAGAAGAUGCUGACGAUAGAUGCUGAUAAAAGGAUCACGCCCCUGAAGACCCUGAACCACCCCUUCGUCACCAUGACCCACCUGCUCGACUUCCCCCACAGCUCCCAUGUCAAGUCGUGCUUUCAGAACAUGGAGAUCUGCAAGUGGCGGGGCAGCGUGUACGACAACGGGAAGAGCCCUUUCACCACACACACCGCGCCCAGCUCAGGAACCAACCUCACAGUAACGUUCAGCAACCUGCUGAACACGGUGCAGCACAGCCAGGUGGGGUCCCUGGUGUCGGGAUCGUCAGGAGCCCCCUCUCUCUCGCUGGCCAAUGCUGACGUGUCGCUGCUGAACUACCAGCCCGCUCUGUACCCGCCGGCCACAGUAAACAUCCCGGGCAUCGCCCAGCAAGGCAUGCCUCUGCAGGCUGGCCCUCCCCAGCUCUGUGCCCAGUCAGAGCCGUUCCAGCAGACGCUCAUUGUCUGCCCCCCAGCCUUCCAGGGACUUCAGGCUUCAGCUAAGCAUUCUGGUUACCCAGUGAGGAUGGACAACGCUGUGCCCCUGGUUCCUCAGACCCAGUCUGGCCAGUCUCUGCAGCUCCAGCCCGGGGUGCUCACACAGGGCACCUGUACUCCUCUGAUGGUGGCCACCCUGCACCCUCACGUUGCCACGAUAGCGCCGCAGUACGCAGUCCCCUUGGCGCUGAACUGCGCAGCAGGCAGGCCGGCCCUGCUAGAGCAGACCGCCACCGUCCUGCAGGGCGUGCGGGGGUUUGCUGCUCGUUGUUACAGUAACAGGAUCCCAGAGGGCCACUGCAGAGCUGAUAUGGACCGCCUCCAGAGGGGUUUUGGGGCUCAGGCCUGGCCCGCGGGGACCCAGCAGAUCCUCCUGCCCUCCACGUGGCAGCAGCUUCCCGGCGUGGCCCUCCACGGCUCCGUCCAGCCGGCCACAGCGGUCAUCCCAGAGUCCUCUCUGGGGGCCGUCCUCCCAGACAGCAUGGGCUCCGACUGGAGAAGCUCGCAUGGUGGGCAGUACAGUGGCGUGAUGCAGCAGCCGUCUCUGCUAGCUGGUCACGUGACCCUGGCAGCGCAGCCUCUCAAUGUGGGCGUGGCUCACAUGGUCCGGCAGCAGCAGGGCGGAGCUUCGGGGAAGAGGGCCAAAGCUCGGCAAGCAGAAGAACGUGGCAGGACCAUGACCUUGCUGGACCCUGUCCCCUCCCUGGUGCAACACAGCCCUCUGCUGGCCACACCGCCCUACAACGCCAUGCUGUCCCAGCCAAUCAUCAUCCCAGACACGCCCAGCCCCGCCGUCAGUGUCAUCACCAUCCGCAGCGACACGGAGGACGAGGAUGACAACAAGUACAGCCUGGCCGGCUCGGGUAUGAAGCAGCGCCCCAACGUCAUCAGCUGCGUGACCGUGCACGACUCCCCCGACUCGGACUCCUCCACCAGCAGCCCCUUCCCCUCGGAGCGCCUGCCCAGCUUCAGAGACGCCUCGGCAAACCCGGCUCAGUCCCGCACCAUCAUCGUCCCCUCCAUCAAGACCCAGAUCGGGGAGGGCCUGGCCACCAGCGCCGCCCUAGUGUCAGGAUACCUUUCCAGCGUGUACAGCAAGGGGAAGAAUGCCUCUUCCACUAACAUGUUGCAGACCAGCACUGCAGGGACCUCCAGCAGCUACAGGCAUCAGCGAGCAGCACACAGCGGGACACAGCCCCUCAACCUCAGCCAGGUGCAGCCGCAGAUGUCCCAGGAGCGUGUUGGAAACGGCUCCUCCCGCAGGCAGCAGGCGUACAUUGCAGCGCCGCUAUCCUCCCAGGGACAGUACUGCCUCCAGCAGACCCCGCCUCACAGCUCCGGCCUGCCCCACUUCAGCGCUGCAGCCUCCCACCUGAGCAGCCAGCCUCACCUCUACACCUACGCCCCCUCAGCCACGCUGGCUCCCGGUCCCUCCAUGGCACACCUGCUGGCCACCUCGCAGGGCUCCUCGCGCCACGCUGCCACCUUCGCUCACCACCCCGCCAGCCUGGUCCACCAGGUGCCAGUCAGCAUGGGUCACGGCCUCCUGGCCACCGCCAGCAUGCCGGCAGCGCAGUACCAGCACCAGUUUGCCGCUCGCCCAUACAUCAGCACCUCCAGAGCCACUGCUGUCUACAGCGGCUACCCCCUCAGCCCCACCAAGUACUCUUACCUGUAAAAGGGCAGCGGGGGGGCGUGGUGGUGGAGGGAGCCCCUGGGCUUGGGGGGAGACAGUUGGCGACCCUCAUAUACCCGUAACCAUGGAGAUCAAACACCUACCGAAUUCCACCAGUUCCCUUGGCUGAAAAGUGGAGUGGAUGAGGGUGGAAAGAAGGCAGUCCUUGAUUUUUAGCUCGCCCCUAAUGCGGGAUGGGAGGGAGGGGGUAAUCAGUAAUCAAUAAAUAAAGAGACACAACUAGACAAUUCUCUUGCAUGAAAAGACUGGGGACUGUGAAAAGGAGGUGACUGAUUGCUUCAGAUUGAAGAAUAAGGUGCCAAGAGUGACGUGGACCAGCUGCCCUCUAUGUAAGCCUGUCGGCUACAGAGAGAUGGAACACACCAAUAGGGGGGAGGGGGUUGCCCUGCUAAGACCGAGGCUCUGAACCAGAGGGACUGUGCACACUUCUCCUUAGUAACAGGGCUGUUAAACUCCCUCUGUACCCCACUAUGAAAUUCACUAAUGUUGAGGGGGUACGGGGAUUCAAUUUAAUUUUUUUUUUAAAUUCGAACUCAAAUAUUUAGCCUGUUCUCUUUUUAUUUUAGAAUGAAUCUUUUAUAAAUGUGUAUGUUUUAAUCCAAAAGCUUAAAAAAAAAAAGUAAUGUGCAGGAUAUUAUAAAAAAAAAAGCAGCUUUUUAAAAGAACAAAACAAGAGAAAGGAGGCUGUUUCACUCCUUCGUGUUCCUAGUGCUGCUGAGUGGUAUUAGACUCAGUGGUUUGGCAGCGAGGUCAUGCUGUUAAUAUAUUUUAAUUAAGCAAUAGCACCCACUGCUGGGGAGAAAAGGAACCCCCUUGGCAGUUUCUGCCAAUAGGAAUCUGGAAUUGAGUUUUCUAAACUGACAGGAUAGAUGUUGUUAUUAUUAUUAGUAUUAUCAUCAUUAUUAUUAUUAUUAUUAUUAUUAUUAUUGUUAAUAAGAAGUUAGUUUUAGUUUUAAACAAACCCCCGACCUGUCGAUUUGAAAAUGCUUCACCAUUCAUUACACAGAGUGUAAUUCACACUUGAAUUCAGGCUGUCCAGCUGCUCCUCGGUAUAGUAAUGCCGCUUAUUGUUUCAAUGUUUUUAGUUUGCUCUUCGAUCCUCUGUGAAGAAUUGUUGUUGCUGCUCUAGGCGUGUGUGUGUGUGUGUGUGUGUGUGAGAGAGAGAGAGAGCGCCUCUUCACAACUGGAAUAGGUAGCUUCAAUACUGCCAGUGUCACAUCUGACUCGCAGAAGGACUAUGAACAUAAUAUACCAAGACGGUCUGUACUGGCGUUCUCAUUGAAAAGUGAAGUAUGACAUCAUUCCCUACAGAGCCAUGCUUGUGCUUUUAAGGGCACCACGUUUUAUUUUGAACACGUUUUUGUUUAGAUGACCUCCACUAAUUCUGAGGUGUUUAGCCAUUCCCAUCAAUGUUUAAGAUAAACCUGGGAGCCACUCAGCCUGUACGUUAGGGUUUUUGUUUGGUUUUUUUGCUUCAUCAGUUCAUUUCAGUUUUAUUAUGCAGUGUUUACUAAGCCUUGAGCACUGUUUCGCUAAUGUAGUGUUAAAUCACACAGUUAUUCUGCAUUGUGUUCAUGCAAGUUUUGUAAUUAUUUUUCUGGCACUAUCUCAAAUUCCACUGUAAAUGUUUGCUAAGAAUGCAUUUAUAAAGAUGGCAUUAUCACAGGAUAACACAUUCCAUGUAAUAUGCUGAAGCAUAUAUUAGUUUGACAUGGGCUGAGAUGGUACCAAGAUCUACUGUUUGUAAUUCAUACUGCUGGGUACACGUUCCCAUGAGCGCUUCCAUUCCAGUUUCAGAAGCUAACGGGUUCCGUUUAAGUCAGUCUGGUUUCCUGGGCUUGGGGAAAGUCAAGUUGUUUUAUAGAGCAGAGGUGGCCAGUUUUGAAAUGUGCAGCUUUUGCUUUCGUGGUGACCGGGUUUAGCACAAAAGUUAUUUCAAAAGAAAGAAAAAAAAGUACGCCUAAAAACAGGGGUCGACAGAUUUUUAUUUAGUUCCCUUUCAUGUUGUUUUUAAUGGAAACCAAAAAGAGAAAUCCGAGAGCAUCCAAACGCGCAGCAGCCUGGCUCUGUUUCAAACCGUCUGCAGUGUCUUCUGAAUGCCGUGAGAGCUUGUCCUUCUGGGAUCCGUUUCUGCAUGGAGAAAGCAAGGCAUCGCCGGGGCGGGGAAUCCACUUGUUUGCUGCCUUGUUGAGAUUUGUUGCUAAAGGUUUGAGCAGUCGGACCGGUUCUCAAUCUGCUCUUGCAGUCCAGUAAUAAGUUCCUCACAAGCCUCUGUCUUCUUGAAUAUAUCCAGGCAGCCAGGGGAGACUUGAUUUAGGCACAUCUCAACAGGGUAUCAAAAGCAGGACUGGGAUCCCCCGUGCUGUUACUGUCCCCUUCCACCUCUCCAACCCCAUCCCCUGAGCCCUCUGUGAGAUGGCUUCUGCUUUUGGGCUGCAGUGGAGCGCGGUUACAGUCUUGAAGACUUGCAACGCACGUGUCCACUCAGCCACCAAGAUGGUCUACAGCAGGUAACCAGAGGGAGUAAGACUGCAGGGAUACGGGUAUGUUACUAGGUGGGUAGGAGUCUGGAGAAUUGAUCUGGGGUUAGUGUGUGGUGAAUUACUUUGCUAGUUUUGAACAGUUGGGUUGAAAGGGGUUCCAAACGUCUUUAAGAUGAGGGCACCUCCGUUCAAAGCCAGUCUGGAUUUGUUAGAGAACACAGUUGAGAGUGUUUUUGAUUUGCAGAUGGGGUGGGGGGUGGAGAGGAUGCCUGCUUUUUCUAAGGUCUGUGAGUUGCACAGGUUUGUGAGUGCCUCAGUGACUGUACCUCAGUUUAAUUCCCUGACGGUACACCUCUGUCAUGGUGGUCUUCAUCUAUUAGUCCUCCAUGCUUUCUUUACUGGACAAAGAACACCUUCAGCAAGGAGAGCACUGGGGCACUAAUACAUGCGGACCAGCUUAGAGGAAAGGGCUGGCUCAAUAGUGAUAGACCUAUUACCGUUUUCAAAUCAAAACCUUCCCCCUUUUUAUAAUGUCAUUCUUGCAGGGCGUGCAGGCACGGUGUAGUGACCCGUGGGCGUGCCGCAGCGUUGGGCCAGUUUGGAGAGUUUUCCUCAUAGUGCCUUACUAAGCAUUGUCAGAUAUGCUGAGCUAACUGUGUGGUAAAUCGAAGAAGUUCUUGUAAGUCUCUUGUCCUUUUUUCAAAGGCGUUCAGGGAGAAGAGGAGAGAAAUAGAGACACAGAAUCUUUCUCUCUUGCGUGUUGGAUUUAAAAUCAAUCAAUCGAUAACAGUAGGAUUUGUACAGCCAGCUCCUUCUAUUGCUGUUUCCACUUUACUUACUUAUUUACCUGACUGUUUUAGGAACGUACAGUAUAGCUAGCCUACCUGUGUUUAAUUAGCAUUCAUUUUUGUUUUUUUUAGAACAUAGUAUUGUAAAUUUAUAUUUAGAUCGAUAACUAAUUUAAAAUGUACUUUUCUUUUGUGGGCGUCAAGGCUUCAUUAUGAUGAUUUAUUGUUCAUUUUAUUAGUUUUAUAUUUUCAAAACUGUUAUGGCACGUAUAGCCGUUUUAGAUUGUACUUCUGCAUUUUCACUUUACGUGUAGGUCUGUGAUGUCGGGAAGGCUGCUUUUAAUACAAUUUCAACUAUAUGUGUUCGACAUUGGCAGAGUCCAUGCUCUGUAUGUUGCCGUCUUAGUUAUCUGCGUUUUGAGUUAGCAGAAGAAUUGCAACCCUUCCCCAGUUAGUGGGAACUUCAUUUUAAGCUUUGAUUAGGUCUGUGUAUCGAGUCUUCAUUAAACAUUCACAUGUAGAAUUGAAGUGAAAUUCCCAAAGUGACUGUACUAUAUGUAAUACAGUGAUUAAGGCUUUCAUUUUAAUGAUGCAAUCAUAUUUAAAUGGACAUUACAGUAUAAGUAGAUUGUAUAUGGUGAAUCACAUAGCUUGCCUAAUGUCAAGCCUUGCAUGUUUCAUUGCAGAUCUUUCCUGUUUCAUAGUCGCCUUUAUGAGAAUAUACUGCAUUUGGGAGCCUUCUGCAGUUUGGUUGCACCAAAUAUAUUGCUGAAAAGAUGUAUUUUUGCAUUUUGUAUUUUCAGAUCUGAAUUUUAGGCCACUGGCAUUUCUGUGCAUCAGAAACAAAUGCAGGUUUCAGUGCGCUGAAUAUUCAUGAACCGGCUGAAAAAAAAAAUCACUAUUUUGGAAAGCAAGUUGAUGCUGUAUAAUUUCUACAUCACUGUUACUACAUGAGCCCUCUGAAACUGUGGUUCAAUCACAUUGAGGAGGUGAACUGGGUUCUCUUAUUCUGCAGGGUAAUAUUAGUGCUGGGAUGAUGUUCCAUGUAAAGAUAUUCUUUCACUUUGAACUAGCUGGUAAACAAAAGUAUAAUUCGUACCAUAUUACAGUAUAAUAAUAAUCAUAAUUAAUAAUCUCCCUGCAGUUAGAGGAAGCAGACGAACUCUUCUGUACAGUAGAAUGUGUGUUUCUUAUUUCCUCGUUUCUGCAUUGGUCUCCUUUUGCAUUGUAUCGCAGACAGUAAACUGUAAUAUGAAGGAAUACAUUGAGGUUUGCGUCCUGUUUUCCAUUUCAGGCAGUGUUUGUUUGCGUAUUCUAGUGUUUGUUGUCCCAGCACGAAUUCAUAUCAGGAAUGAAACUCGUAGAGCACGGCUAACGCUUUCAUCACUGUGUUACUAACGGCUUUCCCACUCUGUACAGUCUCAGUGAUACACUGUCGUAGGGGAGGCUUAUCCCUGAUCAAGAAGUUUAAUAAAAUGUCUCGUCUCUGUUCCCUUUCUUCUAGAAGGAGCAGCCCUGCUUUGUGUGCAUGUGUAGCCGGCUCGGGUGCCUUGUCAUGUGCUGUCUGUCUGUUUGAACAUUUGGGAUUUAGGCUGUUGCAUUCCAGUUUAAAAAAAAUAGUUAAGUGUUGAAUUGCACAAGAAAACUUUAUCUGCCUCCACUGCUGUGUGUGUGUGUGUUCCUAUUAAUGUAAGAUUUCUGAAAUAUUUUUGCUACACUAAUGUAAGGAAUUAUCCUUUUUGAUAUGGUGUGAUUUCUUUUUUUUUCCCUUUAGACAUGUAGGCAGCUUUUAAUUAUCUGUUAAUUUUUAGUAUUGCAAAUGUAUUUGGGGUGAUUGUAAAAUUUUACAUAAUAAAAAAAAAACUAGAGCUAUUUAACAAAAUACUAACUGUAUGUUUUAAUAAGAAAUGGGGUCUGGUUGGAAAUCUUCCUCUUUCAUCUCGUUGUUUUAAGUCUUUGGUUUUACAAAGUAGUGUGUGUUCUUCUGUGUUUGGUACUUGGCUUAAUGAUUGUAACAGCGAGUCACAAAUAAAUGGGCUACUGUUGUGUAA